CAGGCCUUAAUGUAGCUGACAAAAAGUAUUGCACAAGAAAAACAGGAUCAUAGAUUCGCAGCGUCUGUCAUGCUAUGCAUUAUGCCAGUAAUGUAAAAUAGUAGUACACAUAUUCACCGAUACGUUACACAUACAAAUACACCUACUUUGCAAAUACUCACGUACGUUCUCGCGAGCUAUUUUUCUUAUAUCGAUUCUGCUUCAGCAUAUAUGAGUUUGCAAGAGAAAGAGAACUGGACUAUGUGUCAUCAGUCAAGCUCGCGCCACACCUGCAUUAUAAAAUAAAUCUACCCAAGGACCAGCAUGCAGAUGUUGAAGAUUUGUUACUCCUUCAAAAUAAACUUACACUUCUGUGAUUAUUUGUAUUUCAAAUGCUAAUAAUAUGCAUGCUAUUUGAACCAAAGAUAUUAAGAUCUUUCAUAAGAUGAUCUUAGAUUUAAUUUGGAGGAAAAGUAGAAGAAAAAGGAAAAGACAUUUCAAUUCAAAAUGUUGCAAGCUGUUAGAUUGCUCACGGAAAUGGCAAGAACCUCAGAUGACAGGUCACGAGGUGAGACUGCUGCGCAGUCUUCAACAUCUAGCUUAGAAGCACCUGUACUUUUUCGUGAAAUCCAUAAAAAUGGUUGGCUGCGUCGUACAGAUACAAAAUCUGAACGCGAAUCAUCACGUUGCUGGGCAGCUUUCUGCGUGCACGACGAUGCCGAUCCACGAAUCGAAGGCUUUAUCGAUCAAAAACAAGCCAAUACACAUUCUUCAGUUUGGUCACAAUCACUACGAAAUGCGCUGCAUUUAUCACCCACACUUUGUGCUACUUCAAAAAAUGAUUAUGAAUUUUGCAUCAACUUCAGCGAUGACAGAAUAAUGAGAUUGGCUGCUCCAACUUAUCAAGCUAUGUUAGACUGGGUGCAGGUGAUAACAAGAAAACUUACUGAUAUGAAAGUACUCAAGCCAAAAGAAAAUGUAUACUCUAAAGGACCCGAGAGGAUAGCUACUAGAGAUCCUACCAGCCCACUGCCACCCCCACCACCUAAUUUGGCUAUGCGUAGUCAAGAAACAGGAGCUACUUCUAAUGCGCCAGCUAUUUUUACAUUCGAUGAUGUAUUCAUCAUUGAAGCAUUACCUCAACGCAGAGCUAGUUUUCGUCAACCUACAAGAUCCGCACCAGCAGUACCUCGUGCUGGUACAGCAACCGGUACAAGUACUUCAGCUGCAAGUAGCAAUGAUACAGUCAAUAAUUCGGGCUACGAAAGUGUAUUUCUGGCUUCUUCGUCCCAUACAAUGAAUGGUGAAAGUCAUUCUCGAUCUCGAUCCAACGGGGCUGUUGGAUUAAGUAGAUCACGCAGUUCGAGCGAUGAAGGUGAACAAUAUGCUGCAUUGAUAGAGUGUCGCAGCCGCUCGGAUAGUAAUCCGGAAGCGUCUACAUCGUUUGCAACUUCUUCGUCCACAUCGUCGUCGUCUUCGAGAUCAAUCAAUCCGAGCCGUUUACAACCACAGCAGCAGCAGCAAAUAGCGAGGGCCCAAUUGACGUUAAGAGAACAUCAAGUUAUGCAAUUGCGAAAAGAAAUGGGACAUCCGGCCGGUGUUAGACUUAAACUUGGCAGGCGAGAUUGCAAAGAUGCUAUUGCUUUUGUUGAUUGUUUUGGUGCCGUAUGGAUUGCUGGUUGGAAACACAAGGAUCAUCCAUUACUUUACAAUGUUUUACACAUCGGAGAUUUAGUAUUAAGUAUAGCUGGAGUUACAUUAACUGGAGCUAGUUCAAUCAGAGAAAUAUUGAAAAACUAUACGUUCCCACGUGUAGAAAUGAUAGUCAGGCGUUUGCCACAUGGUCGCGUUACUACCUUGACCCGAAGGAGCGAGGAAGAAAAUUUUGGUCUCGAUCUGAAUGGCAGCAAUGAAGUUGUCUCUGUAUCGCCGACUGCACAAGCUCUCGUAUUAUCCGCCCGAGCGAAUCCGGCCGAUCCAAGUGCAGAUGUGGGUGCAACAGUUAGUUGGACACUAACCGAAGUUAAUAAUAAACCGUUAAAUCUUUACGAGCCAAGCGCGAGUGACCGGUUGAAUGGUGGAGUCGGUAGAGAUGUAUCCGUAGUGUUGCAGCCCAGUGAUUUAAUGAAUGGUUUAAAAAAAAAAUUGCGAGGUGUACGUGGAUGGAAAAAUUUUGUAAUGCCAUGAACGGUUAAAUUUUUAUUGAAAAAUCAUUUUCAAACCAUCCCAUCAAGACUGUUUAGCUUGUAAAAAUUUAUUUUGAAUCAGUCUUUUUACCAAAAAUUUUAUAAAUGAUAUAACAAAAAAUAGAUUGAAGUUUUGACGAGAGAUAGCGAUAAGUAUACACAAGCAACGUGGUAUUUUAUAAAAUGAAAUAAGUUACUUUUGUGAUAAUUAUUUUAAUAAAAUUACCUAGAAUUCAACAAAUGUAGUUUAUCUAGAUAAUUUGUCUUAAAACUGAAAUAAGGUAAUUUAAAAUUUAUAGUUUAUGUAAUAAAAAACAAAUUUGAGUAUAGGAAUAACGAUAGUAUUAUAGUAAAAUAUCCGCUUCUGAAUGAAGAUUGUUGUAACUUAUACAAGUAGUUUAUGUUAUCAUAUAUAUUUUUUUAAAAACUAUUAUUAUUUUUACGAUUAUUAUUUAUUUAAUAAAUAUAUUAUCACAGAUUUAUUAGUCAUAAAACAAACUUUUCAUUUGAAAUGAAACUGUUAAGCAAAUAAACAAAUCAGUUUCUUGCAGAAUAAAAACUAAUUUUUGAAAACUUCUAUUAUAUUAUUAGUUAUAAUCGAAGUUUAUAAUCUAGAUAGUUAUAACAGGAUUUUUUUAGAAGCGGUGAUUAUAUUUCUUGUAAAAUCAUUUUAUAGUUUUAUACACUUAGUAAUGACUAAAAGUAUAGAAUUUGAACUUUUGUAUGUAAUGGCAAACCAGAAAAACAGUCAGAUUUUUGUAAAAGAUUUGAAAUUUAUAUUGUAUAUUUACGAAUAAAGUAAAAAAUGUAUAUAAAUUUAUGAA